AUGUUCCUCGUAAUAUUAUUUCUUAUAUCCGGUAAAGUUAUCGUUGGAGGCGAAGAUAGCGACGAAUCUAAAUACAUUGACUUGCUUCCCGAAGAGGAGAAAGAGAACUUUCUCCAACGUAUUGCUAAAAGGAUACUCGAGGAAAACAAUGUAGCGAAUGCUGAAGCUAAAGUAAGCGGAGAAUUACAUGAUGAACAGUUGGAGCAGCAUGAUGAUUUCGUUAACAAAAUCCUUAAAGAGGAAACUACGAAUGCAAGACGUGACGAGGCAGACGACCAAGACGAUGGAUUUAAAGUAAAACCAUUAGAAAGAGAAAGAAGAUCAGAUUUUAACGAAGAAGUGGUUUCGGGCAAUGUCGCUGAUACCAACGUAGACGGGAAUAUAGAAUUAUAUGAUGGCUCUAAGAACCAUACUGUAUCAGAAGAAAAAGACACAGAUAGUAAAGAAUCUGAAAUAAUCUUAAUCAAGCCGUUACCAGAAGAAGACAUUGCUAGCACUGAUACUGUUAAUUACAAUUACGACGAAACAAAUCAAACAACAGCUACUGAUGACAUGUUAUCGACAACGUACGGUACACCCAUAAAAAUCACAGAAAAACCCGAGAUCUUUUUAAAUGAAACACACAUAUUUUUAAAAGCUAGAUUAGACUCUAAUUUAACAGUCGAGAUAUCGCAAGAUAAAAAUUUGACUUACCCAAUAAAUAUUAUAGAGGCGACUACGAAUGAUUUUCGUAAUCCAACCAUUACAGAUGAAGGCGUGGAAGUAAUUGCACAAGACACUCCGACUAACAUAGACACAAAUAAUACAGUAACAGAGGCAUCAGUUAGUCAAAGUGAUAAUAAUUAUAGCAGUAUUCUUGUUAAUAAAACUGACAGUAUAGUUCUAAGUACCACUACAAAUUCUACGGCAAAUGAUUCUGAAAUAACUACUAAUAAUAACAUUGAAUACAAAAAUAAUCUAAACGUUAAAAACAACGUAGAAAGAUCUAGAGUCUCGCUGAGUUUUAGUAAAGACAAUAAGGUGCUGAAUGAUGACAUGAAAACCAAAAAAGAAAAUUCAGAUGCAGAUAAUAAUAAUAAUGCUUUGGAUGAAAAUUUGAGUGAUUACGGAAACGAGAAAAGACCACGCUUAAGAAAGAAACCGAAGAAUGAACGAGAAAGUUAUGCUGUGUAUGAAAUAGAUCCGACUCGACCAUUCACCGCUAAAGGCAUCAUUACCAACGCGGAACAACCACACUACGUUCCGAUAUAUGAUUACUCAUCGAAAAACGCAUAUUUCAAUCCCAAGAACCUCAACGGACCGAAUCACGACAACAAAGAAGCCAUAACUGAUACAAUAAAACAAAUAAAUACAAUUCUAAACGGAUAUAAAGUCGGAGAUCAACUGAAAUUACCCAUAAUUGCUGGGAAAGGAAACGGUGCUAUUGGCAGAGAGAUGCCGCAGGUUAUUUACGCCAGUCAACACAACGAUGAUGCUGAGCUCUUGUCAUCUGUCCACCCAUACCGGAGUUACAUUCCCGAUACGAAUGAAAACUUCUAUUCGUAUAGCACUAUGAACGGCUUAAAGGACGGCCUUAGCGCCGUCAGGAAGAUACUCUACGAGAAGCAACGCUUCGGUUUCGUGGACCCAGACAAGUCGUUUGAGUACGUAAGUGAAAAUUUUACUGGUAGCCCUACCGACAAGACGGUAUUGCGAGAAACACUUAAAUCAGAUCAUAAGAACGAGAAAUUCAUCGCGGACUGGUCGAUAUUAAAACGAAUCUCAACGAAAGGAGAAAAUUUACCUCACCCAAGGACUGUUCUGUUGAGUCAAAAGAAUAGAAUGAAGAUGAAAAUUCCGGAUACAACUAAAUAUAUACGUUUGAAGGAUUUAUUAAAAGCUUAUGAUUAUUUAAAGGAAUUUAGCGGUAAUUCAAAAGGUCGAGGCGAUGAAGUAGAUGCCUAUGUUACAGUUCUGAACGAUAUGAUGAUCACUAAAAACAGAAUGCUGAGGAAAUAUGAUUGGUUAGGAAGUACAGUCAAACUGAGAUCAGCCAUGAUGAAGCUGUCAAGUCUUCUGAGUUCGUUGGAAAACAACGAGCGGAUACAUUCGAGUGAUCUUGAAAUGUUAAAAUACAUAUUCUUAUUACACAAUAGAGCGAAAACAGAACUAUUAUCCGAAAUACGGAUGCUGUAUCGUUCGCUAAAUCAACAUAAUAUUCAAAAUGGUUUUCCGAGGCGGCCACAAGCGUAUAGUAAUGGCAUGGUGAAGCAAAAAGCACAGAGCGUGUUCUUGGAUCGCAAUGAGGUCGAUGAAUUGAAAGACAUUCUGGGGUUAUUGGCAAAUUCUUUGUAUGACCUCCACGACGCGUUGAAAUACAUUUCGAUCGUGACAAAAUCCAACAAACAGAGAUGGUAUGAGAACUUGGAAGAGCUAUACAUAAGGAAUACUAAGAAACAAUUACUAGAGAUUCUCGUUCAUAUAUUCGCGAAUGAGUUUGUGGAUUUAGUCGAAGAGGGCUUGCAAAAUGGCGCCAACGAGGAUUCGAAGAGCUACCUGAUAUAUCACGGCGAGCACGUCAAUAACACAGUCAAUAUUUACCUUACUUUAAUGAAAUUAUUGCGAAAGUUUAUCAAAUUGAAGAUUUUGUAAUACUUUAAAUAGCUAGAAAGACAUAGCGAUAUUUAGGUCAAAUUAAUAUUUAUAAAAAGUAAGUAUAUGUGUGUAUGUUAUAUAUAUAUGUGUGUGUGUGUGUGUGUGUAUUUGUAUGUAUAUAUAUUGUUUUGUAUCUUGUAAUAUGUAUAUAUUAUUAUAUGUAAUGUUUACUGUAUGCACUAGGUUCGUGUUCCUAAUUCUUCUUUCCUUUUGCGGGCCUACUGGAAGAGAUUUCAGCAUGAAAUAACUAGUGCCCUUGUACUCUGUAUCCUUAUUGACGUGUCUUUUCUAACAGCUGUGUGUACAAAAUAUAUUAAAUAAAAUAAAAAAUUAAUAAAUUUAUUACUGUUAGGGUUUAUUUAGAGAUUUUUUUUGACAAUUCUAUUCCAAGACGUCCACUGUUAGACAUAGGUAUCACCCAAGCCUCGCCACAAAGAUCAGUCCUGCGCUGCUUGCAAUGUGUUAGAUAUAAUAUAAUGCUUCAAUAGACAGUAAAACAAACAAAAAUGACUAUAAUGAAAGCGCCUGGGCAUCAACAUACGCACUGUUCGAACUUUUAAGCUGCAAAAUUAAAGCUUAUUUUACGUCUUAAUGUCGCAUUUAUAUUUGUUACUAGCUGAGCCGGCAGACUUCGUAGUGCCUCAAUCGAUAAAUAAAAGACCUAAACUUUUGUAUAAAAUAAACUUAAAACAAACAAAAUGUAUCCCCGUCCGACGGGGGGGGGGGGACAUCAAAGGGAAAACAAAAUAUUUUUAUUUAAUUCCGAGCAUUUUCAUAUUUAUCUACCUUUUAAACCUUCUCCGGACUUCCACAAAUAAUUCAAGACCAAAAUUAGCCAAAUCGGUCCAGCCGUUCUCGAGUUUUAGCGAGACUAACGAACAGCAAUUCAUUUUUAUAUAUAUAGAUUACAUGAAGUGGUCAAAGAUUUGGCUUAAGUGACAUUUUGUCAACUUUACCGGAGAGCCAUUUAAAGUUUAAAAAAUUGGAAAAAAAAUCAUAACAAGAAAACUUCUUCAGCUAUUUGAAUGGAGUAAACUUAAUUGAAGUUCAAUUAAAAACAUUGAAUUGUUAAUACCAAAUAAAACGCACCUUUAUCUAUACUAAUCUAUACUAAUAUUAUAAAGAGGAAAGAUUUGUUUGUUUGUUUGUUUGUUUCGAAUAGGCUCCGAAACUACUGGACCGAUUUGAAAAAUUCUUUUUCCAUUAGAAGCCGACAUUGUCCCUGAUGAACAUAGGCUACUUUUUUUUAAUUUUUUUUAUUUUAUUUUUUUGGUUUCAUGUGUGUUUUAAUGUUUCCGAAGCGAAGCGAGGGCGGGUCGCUAUUU